GAUAAGUAACACACAAGACCCCUUCUCUUCAGUUAGACUGAUAGUGUCUGUGCGAGAGAAAGAGACAUUUCAUACAAACUUGAAGAGAAAGCAAUGACUAGUCCUAAAGUAGCCGACAAGGCUUAUGUCAAUUCUCCUCCACCCUCGAGGAGCUGGAGCUUUUACAGCAGCGAGGAGGAAGAGAUGACAGGCGCCAACAGCUCCUCGUCAAUGGAGGACAAUGACCAAGACGAGCUCAAUACGGUUGAGGUCGUGUUCAAUAAAAUCUACCUAGACCCACUCCAAGAGGUGAUGGAUUCCGUUGAUGCAGAGGCGGCGGGUAUAUUACGAACAGGGAAGCUAACAAUACAUGGAGAAGCAGGAGAUAUGAACUUGUUGCAGCCAUUGCUCUUCAGCUUACAGCCAAAAGAGGAAGACCUCCACGUCCUUCUCCCCCAGCUACUCCAGAAUCCUUUCUUCACUCCGAAAGAGGAGAACUUCACUGCAGCAGUUGCUGACAACUUCCUGCAAUUUGGGUGCAUAAGACUAGGAGUGAUGGUCGACCAAGUCAUUUACAAGCUGUUAUCAACACAUUGCUGCAAAGGCCCAGGGGCAAGGCAAGCAGACAUGUUGAUAGAAACAGCUCUAAAAACACUCUACACCCUGCCCUCUGCCAUGGAGCGAUUCAUAGCCAAUUCUAAAAACCCACCCCCUCUCCUCUUUGGAAACUACAAUAUACCAGAAGAGCCUGAUAUUUCAGAUGAAGAUGAUGAAUCCCAUGCUGCUGCUGUGUUUGAGAAUAGCUUGACAUAUAAUCUUCAAGUACCGACUACUAACAGAGAUCAGUCCAAGUACUCUCAUUCGUCUGGUGUCUUUAGCAACACAACCAGUAGCACCUCUAAUUUGGGUGAUGCCGUAUCUGAAGACGGGGAUACCACUCAACCACUGCCAGUCCAGACUCGACCACGUCAGCUCUCAGGAGGACAGACUGAUCAUAUCCAAACCAGAGGAAGAGCAGAGUCUUUGAAGCACGGUGCAGGGAGACGAAAAGACAGCAUAUUCCAAGGACCUCCAUUUGGAGCUUUUGAUUUCUCAAGACGGACCUCAUCAGAUGCAAGCAUAACGUCAUCCACAGCCUCACUAAAGGUCCUUCAAGACAGCAGUGUAUGGCACGCCUCAUUACCCUCACCAGGCGACAUGAUAAUUGGAUCGUAUGGUGAUGACAGCACCUACCCCAUACUAAUGUGGAAUCCUGGCCUCAACGUCAUGUUCAAGGUUGGUGGUCGCUCUGGGUUCUCCUCAGGGACGCUGAUAGUCGACAAUCCAAAGGAGCUACUCAAACUCAAAGUGGUCAACACCACCACUCAGAAGAUUGCUUUCUCUAUUCGCUCAUACCGCCAAUCACUUAUGUUUCGCUCUCAUGUGAUCUUCCCUAAGGCUGGCUUGCAACUAUUGGAGCCGCAGCAGGAAUGGUCCAUUGAUGUAGAGCUGAUGGGGGUAGCAGGAGAGGGUGAGACAGAUGAAUACAUUUGCAUUGACUUGUUGGUCUGUCAGCUCAACUGCACCCCAUCAUGGAAUGUCCACAGACGCUAUGCUGUACUGAAAAGAAGACAAGACCAGCACAAAUUUAUAAAGAAGAUAUCCCGAAAUGAGCAUGUGCUACUGCCAGGGUCUAUUGUUACUCAAAAGGAGCUUGAGAAUUCUCUCAAACAAGUCAUACUACAUGGGCUCCAGUGUGUUGUCAAGAACAAGCUCGAUCAAGCAGAGAUCAUCUUCACUCAAGCACUUCAUCUUCCUCUCUUUCAGAGGGCACCUCUCAAAGCUUUUGCCUAUAUCUGUCUUGCUGUGACAGCCAACAAGAGGAGAAAGAAAGGCCCUCAUAUGAAUAGAGUGGGCUAUGUACUGAAACUGGUCAACAGUAUGGAUAAACUUAUUGAGGCAUGUGAAUCCUCACCAAACAUGAGAAUGCCCAAGGUCAUAGCUCUAAAUAAGCAGCUGAAGAAGGAGCUCAAUCCAGCCAAAGUUAUAAAAGACCAGAGAGAAAGGCGACAAACUCCUAAUGCCCAGUUACCGAACAUAAGGAGUGAAACAACCAAAGAGGUCCACAUUGCUGGAGAGUCUCUUGAUCUGUUCAAUACGAGUCUCACGAUACCAGGAGGAGCUCUACCACAGCCGGUCAAUGUGACACUCUCUCAUUUGAACCAAGAGCAGAUACACCAGUCACUCCAAUCCUCCCCUUGGUCCUCAAUGCUUGACAUCAUAAGUGCAGUUUCCAUUCACUGCAGUCCACCUGUUGAUAGAUUUGCUAGGCCGGUUAGACUAACAAUAAUACUACCGGCAGACAAUGUACCGACAAGCUCAACACCACUCCGCCUCUUGCAAAGUGCAUACAUGAACACAUGGAUUGACAUUACUGACGAUCCAAAGACGAGCAUCAAGCUUGACACCGAAUCAGGUCGUCUCAAUAUAACGACUGAUCAAACCGGCUGGUUGAUAAUCGCCUCGCUGAACAUAGACUUGAGUAAGAUACUACCGAUUGCAGUCAAGUCUGCCUUCACCGAGGAGCUGGUCACCAUGGAUAUCAAUGCUUAUGGCUAUAUAUUCCCUGAUGGCACGCAUGCUCAGAUCUCAGUCUUCAUAGCACCUCAUAAAGAGAAUGAGCAGCUUGAGACUCCGCCUCCUGGCCACAGACAGAUAGCGUUCCCCCACACCUUCAAAGCUUAUAAAGGACAGAAAGUCCGUCUUGAGCUCCAGGGCCAAUUCCAGCCAGAUAAAGAAGCCGGUCAAGUGAGUCUGACCUCUGAUAUAAAAGUUGAUGGAUUCAUGCGAGACAUUUACGAAAAGAUUGUCAAGUUAUCGGAAAAUUCAAAAGGACUUUAUGGUAAACUAAAUCUAAGCACGUACUGUGCUUCACAUCAGACCUGGGAAUCAAUUUUAGAACUGAACUUGUCUUCACCGACAACUGCUCACCAAAACAAUAAAAUAGAAUAAGAAUAAUAAUAAUAAACUACUAUUAUUGCUGUUGAUAUUUGGCUGUUUAUGUAUUAUGAUGUACGUUUUAUAAGAACAUGUAUGUACAUGUAUUUGUUUGUUUAUUCGUAUAAUUUUUCUAAUUUUUAUUAUUAUUAUUAUUAUUAUUUAUAUUAAUGAUAAAUUGACUUUCUUCUAAAAUAAAGAAUUGUCAAAAACCA